UUCUAAUUGCAAGCAACAAAACAAAACUACAGGUAAAAUUGGAAAGUUAAUGGAAAAAAGCAAAGGGCCUCGAAAAGAGCUGUAAAAGAUGUCCAUGUGGAAUGCAGUCUCUGCUGGCUUUCAAAUAGUCCAAGAAAAGCUAGAUAAAGCAUUGGGAGAAGAAGGGGAGGAGCAGAAAAGCACAGACACCACCCACCCUGAUGAUGAUAAUGUGACCACUGACCAAUCGUCAGAGGCUCCAAAAGGUGUCGAUCUAGCAGCAGCACUAAAAGAGGCGGAGCAACAGAACCAGUUACUAAAUUUAGAAUAUUCGCGCCUCCUGAGAGAGAAAGAGGAAGAGUUGUCAAAGUUACGGGAACAAAGUCAGUUGCCGAGUGAUGUGACAAAAUUACAAACACAGCUAAUUGAAAAGGACAAAGAAUUAAAAGAGUUAAGUAUUAAAGCAGAGUCGAAGUUUAAUAAACUUAAAACUCAAGCGAAAACAAAGAUAUCAUCGCUAACUGAUGAGCUAGAAAAAGCGAAAGGAGAGCUAUCAAUGCAACAAAGUUUUAAUGUCUCCAUGAGUUCUGAAGUUGCUGUAGACGAGACGAUGAAAGAGAGAGUCUCAGAACUGACCGAAGAAUGCAGACUGGUGAGGGAAAGAAUGGAAGAGAAGGAAAAGGACUGGAAAGAGAAAUUGGAAAAGGAGAGGGAGAGGAAUGCUCAGACAAUAAAGGAAAAUAAAGAAUGUUAUGAUUUGGAGAAGGAGCAACUGAAUGAAGAGAUAAGAAGACUGAGAGAAGAGCUGUCAAAAAGCAAAGAAGAAAUAAGCACUGUCAAAUCCAGGAGGGAGCAGAUACAGGCAAUGCUCAAUAAGGAGAAAGAAGAAAAAGGACGACUAGCACAACAAGUUUCUGAGUUGUUGAAUAAGUUGGAGGAAAGCGAGAAGAGGAUGACAAGAGAUUUUAGUUUUGCCUCGUCGGAAUUUCAGAUUGUUAGCAGUACAGUGUCUCAAGCUGACUCUGAGGAAGAAUGGAAAGUGGUUAGAGCUAGUGGUAGCAGCAGUGAGGGAAAAGAGACUAGCCCGCCUCCUGAAAUAUUGUCAAUUGAUGAUAAUAAUGCAACACAAGGGAGGAACAAACCUACAUCUCUGAGAAGCACUCCAGAACUUCUAAAAGAGAACAAGGCAAAGAUGGAAGAGGAACUGGGAGAGAAAGAGAAAGAGAUUAACUCGUUAAAAGAGCAGCUGGGGAAGGCAAGAGAAGACCAAGCAAAGAUAACAAAGGACUAUGAAGAGAAGAUGAAGACUCAAAUGAUAGAGCAAGAGGCUUCAGUGAUUGAAGAGAGUAAGAAAUUAAGGGCACAAGUGGCGUCGCUACAUGAAGUGAUAGCAGAAAUGGAAGAGGAACUGGGAGAGAAAGAGAAAGAAAUUAACUCGUUAAAAGAGCAGCCAGGGAAGGCAAGAGAGGACCAAGCCAACAGUUUAAAGAUAGUGAAAGACUACGAAGAGAAGAUGAAGGCUCUACAUGAAGUGAUAGCAGAAAUGGAAGAUGGACUGGGAGAGAAAGAGAAAGAGAUUAACUCGUUAAAAGAGAUAAUGAAAGAUUACGAAGAGAAGAUGAAGGCUCUACAUGAAGUGAUAGCAGAAAUGGAAGAGGAACUGGGAGAGAAAGAGAAAGAGAUUAACUCGUUAAAAGAGCAGCUGGAGAAGGCAAGAGAGGACCAAGCCAACAGUUUGAAGAUAAUGAAAGACUACGAAGAGAAGAUGAAGGCUCUACAUGAAGUGAUAGCAGAAAUGGAAGAUGGACUGGGAGAGAAAGAGAAAGAGAUUAACUCGUUAAAAGAGACGAAAGACUACGAAGAGAAGAUGAAGGCUCUACAUGAAGUGAUAGCAGAAAUGGAAGAGGAUAUAACAGACAGGGAUAACAAGAUCAAAGAAUUGAAACCAGUGACACCGGAAUCAGCUCAGACGAAGAGGGAGGAAGAGGCAAAGGAGAAAGAAGAAACUCUUUCGACCUUGAUAUCAGACAAAACGAGACAAAUUCAAGAAAAGUACGAUCAACUACUCAAAGAAAAGGAAGAAUUAUUAGGAACCUUGAACAGUGAAGUGACUAAUAUGAAGGAAAUGCUGGAAGAGAAGGAGAGAGAGAUAGACCAGCUUAAAGAAGACAGAGAGAAAAGCAAAGACAGUCUAACAAAAUUGAAACAAGAGCUUCGAUUAGCAGAAGAGAGCAAGGAGGUUUUACUAGAGAAAGAGGGGGAAUAUAGAAAGUUACUUGAGGAAAGUGAAACUUUGAGAUUAAAAGUUCAAAAUUUGCAAGAGGAAUUGGUAUCAGCAAAAGAAGCUUGGGAGAGAGCAAAAGCUGAUUAUGAAGUAAAACUAGAGGAAGAAUCGAGAGCUCACAUAGCGUUACUAAACGACAAAGAGGAAGAGAUAAAGCAACUCCAAAAUCUCAAAUCCACCGAAAUAGCGUCACUGCGACGCUUGGUAGAGGAGAAAGAGCUGGAAGCUGCUAAGAGCAUGAAGAAGGUUGAAGAAGAAAAGGAAGCUUUGCUAGUGGAACUGAACCAAACGAAACAUGAUGUACAGCAACUUGAGGGCCAGAGGGAAAUGGAGAGGACAGAGAAGGAGGAACUAAAAGGAGAAGUGAACCGACUGGCCGAAUCAAGCUUGACGUUUUCAGCUGACUCGGCGAGAUGUCGCGAGAACGUACUCCAACUUGAGGGAGAGUUGAAAACGAUAAAAACAGAAAAAGAUAAACUUCAAAAGAGACUCGAGAAGAGUACAAAGAACGAGAGAGAAGCAAAGAGAGAGUUGGAGGAGAGAGGGAGAGAGCUGGAGGCAGUGAAGGAGAGGAACGAGUCACUGGGCACAGAGCUAGAGAGAUAUAAAAACGAAACGGGAAGAAUUAACAAUCAGUUCUCAUCAGCAGUAGAACUGCUUAAACAAGAUAAUCUCAAACUAAAGGGUGAAUUGGAAGGAGUGAAGACUGAGAAACUAAGGCUAGAGCACACUGUUGACUCACUGAGGGAGCAGAUAAAAGAAGAGGGAGAGAGGAGUCUUAGGCUUGCUGAUGAAAACAGACAAAUUAAAAAAGAAAUGGAGACAAUUUCGACAAAGUGUACUAACCUAGAAGAUGAGAGAAGCAGCCAUUAUCAGAGGAUAUCAGAGCUGACCCUAUCACUAAGCACACAUCAAACAUCAAUAGAGUCACUCACCAAAGAGAAAGAAUCCCUCUCACUUGAACUCAAUUCAACACUUCAGAACACUCAGUCGCUUGAAACGAGGGUCAUGGAACUAACCAAUCAGAUUGUAGCAUUGGUGAGAGAUAAAGAGAGUUCGGAGGAGGCAGUGAGACAGUUGCAGCGCUCGUACGCCGGACUGGAGAGAGAAAAGGAGGAAACUGAGAUUAGAAUCGAGUCCUUAAAGACUCAGUCUCUAUUGCAAAAAGGUUGGAGCAAAGAGAGAGAAUCUCUUUUGGCUAGGCUCUCAGAGUGUCAGUCUCAGCUAUCAGCGAAUGAGAGUGAAAAGGGAGCGUUGAAAACUAGCAAAGAAGAACUUGAGGCAAACGUUGAGUCACUAUUGAAUGAAAAAGAGGAAUUGAAGGCUUCACUUGCGAAUUCUGAAGUUGAGAGAAGCAAAUAUCAAAUUGAAGCCAGAAGGAUAGUAGAUCUAGAAGGAAGGUUGUCUACUUUGUUAACGGAGCAAUCCCGAUUGCAAGUUGAGCUGGAGUCAGAGAGGAACAAUAAAGACAAGACUUUACAAGAAUUGCAACAGCUUCGAUCAAAAUCAAUGGAUUAUGUAAUCAACAUGGAGGAACAAACCCCACCCACUACUAACGAAAGUAGUAAUGGUAAUGCUUCAGAAUGGCUGAGGCGGUUUAUCAAAAAUCCAAACAUCGUAUUACUUAGGCUGGUCAGGGCUACUCCACAGACAAAGCUGCUAUUUUUAGGAUAUCUAAUUUUAUUGCAUUUGAUUCUGUUUUAUCUCAUGUUUUUUGCAUAAUAAUAACAUUUAUUUCUUCUUCUAAUAAUAAAAA